CAUACUUUGUGUACGUCAUUGACAUGGUCUUUAUAUUGCACUACUCGUUUAGCAAUUAGACCUAGUUCCUGGCUGCAUUUACACAGAGACAUGAAUGCUAAUAGUAUUGUGUUCUUUGUUAAUGGAUCAAAGGUGGAGGUCAGCAGCACAGAACUAGAGACUUGGGCGACUCUUUUAUCAUAUCUAAGAGGAAAAUUAAGGCUGACCGGAAGUAAGAAUGCCUGUGGUCAGGGCAAUUGCGGUGCUUGUUCGGUCUUAUUGUCCGAGUUUGACCACAAGUCUCAAACCAUAAGACACGUAACGGUGAAUUCCUGUAUCACUCCGCUAUUCUAUGUACAUGGAUGCGCUGUUACUACUGUGGAGGGAAUUGGCACGUCACGUGAUGGUCUACAUCCGGUUCAGAAGAGCUUGGUCCAGAUGCAUGGAAUACAGUGCGGGUUCUGUACACCUGGAAUGGUCGUCUCCUUGUGUUGUUUACUUCGAAACAACCCUACACCGACCAAGGCGGAUGUAGAAAGAGCCAUCGAAGGUAACCUCUGUAGGUGUACUGGGUAUCGUCCGAUCUUGGAGUCGAUGAGUCCGUUUGCAGGUUGUCCAAUGGGAGCAAAAUGCUGCAAGAACAAAUCGAACAAACUGGACACAAAUGACACGGAGCCAGAAGCCAGACCGAUAGACCCAACUCAGGACUCUAUAUUUCCUCCUCAAUUAAUGAAAUGGCAUCUGAAAGAUACGCUGAGUAUAAGUUGUGGACGUACGACUUGGAUAGUUCCGUGUAAGUUGGAACAACUACGAACAGUUUGGACGGAACAUCCUACAGCUCAGUUUGUUGCGGGAGCUACGGCAGUUGGUGCCACCACAAACUAUGAUGGAGGUCCUAUCAUCUUUAUCAGUUGUCAUCGAGUGGAAGAGCUUCAGGCAAUAUCUGUUAAUGACAAAAAGCUGGAGUUUGGCGCUGCUGUAACCUUCACUAAGAUGGAAGAUCACAUCAGAAAAUUGGAAAUAGAAGGAGCCAAACCAGUGGUAUCGGCAUUCCUGGCUUGUAUCCAAUCAUUGGCCUCUGACCAACUACGCAACGUAGCGACCAUUGGCGGGCACUUGGCCUGCCGGAUGGAUGGGCUGGAUAUGAUUCCUCUACUUUUUGCUUUAAAUGCCACCGUGCAUCUAAUGGACCACACAGGGAAGAGACGUGAUUUAACGGUAGAAGAAUAUUUGUCAAAUGAACAAACUGGAAAAGAGCUAAUCCUAAACAUACAAGUUCCACUCGAUAACAAGGUAAAGUUUGUUGGUUUCUAUAAAACCCCAAGGAAAAGGCCAGUUGGAAGUGCUGGGACUACCACAGCUCUGGUGCUGGAUACUGGGGGACAUUUCAUUGCUUAUUUGGAAGGGCUAUCCCCAAAGAUAAUCAAACUUGAUGUCUUUUCAUAUUUGCCUGAAACUGAGAGAACAAUCCAAAGUUUGUCUCUGGAUAAAUUCGAUAGAAUACUUCGGAAACGAUUAUCAGAGGAGAAAGCUGAAACUAGGGACGACCUAGUCAACCUCUCAGCUGGAGUUCUCCAGAAGUUCCAAGCUGUGGUUAAUGAACAGACAACACCAGAGGCAGAAUCACCACAUUCAGAACUCCCUAUACACUGUCGAUCCGAUAUUAUCUUUGAUGAGGUGCCUGACUCCCAGCCCAAAACAGACCCCGUGUGGAGACCUUUACCCCAGACAACUGCCGAAGAUUUAGUAUCGGGACAGGCCAUGUUUAUAGAUGAUAUGCCUUCGUACCAGAAUGAACUGCAUCUGUGCUUGGUUCUGGGGAAAAGGGCGCGGGCAAAGCUUGUCCAUGUGGACUGGUCUGCCGUCAAGGCAUGCCCGGGGGUGGUGGACUGGAUAGACCAUACGUCUCUCAAUGGUAGGAACAUGUGGGGAAUUAUGGCAGCGGACGAAGAAAUAUUUGCUUCUAAAGAGGUGGUUUAUUGGGGUCAGCCCAUUGGUGCUGUGGUUGCAGAAUCCCGGGAACAAGCUACGCACGCUGCAGAGAAAGUUAGAAUUGAUUACGAAGAAAUGCAGCCUGUCUUAACUAUAGAGGAUGCCGUUAAGCUGGAGUCAUUCAUAGAGGGAGCUGUAGUUAUAGAGCGAGGUGACGGCACGGAAGGCUUCCUCAGGAGUAAUCAAGUCGUGGAGGGUACAAUAGGGACCGGGGCGCAGGAACACCUUUAUUUGGAGACUAAUGGCGCCAUAGGAGUGCCCAAAAGGGAACAGCAUGAGAUAGAAAUGUUCGUUACGCACCAAGCGCCUACAUUCAUCCAGAAAUCCAUAGCAUCUUGUCUUGGGAUACCAUUCAACAGAGUCAUAGUACGUCACAAGAGAACAGGAGGUGCAUUUGGAGGCAAGGAAUCCCAGCCAGUGAAAAUCUGUGUCCCAGUGGCACUGGCUGCCCAAAGAACUGGGCGUCCUGUGCGCGGUAUACUGACCCGAGAACAAGACAUGGCCAUAACUGGAAAACGCCAUCCCUAUCAGUUCCAAUACAAAAUUGGAUUUAGUAAAGAUGGCGUCCUACAGGCCCUUGAAGUAAAAGUGUAUUCGAAUGCUGGAUGUUCGCGUGAUGUUUCUCUUGAGGUACUCGAUUGUACCUUAAACUUUAUAGAGGGUUGCUAUGCCAUACCUAACGUUAAGAUUGAGGGGCGCCUAUGUAAAACAAAUACAGUUUCUAAUACGUCUUUCCGCGGAUUUGGGAUUCCGCAAGCAUAUGUAGCCAUGGAAACUAUCAUAGACCAUGUUGCGCAUGUCCUGAAAAUUGGGUCUAAACAGAUUCAGGAGAUUAAUUUCGCCAAAAGUGGUUUUGUUCCUUUUACCAAACUUCCACUCCAAGAUGAAACAAUAGUGGAGGCUUGGAACCAAUGUCAGAGACAAGCUAACUACUUACAAAAGGAAGCAGACGUAAUUGCAUUUAAUGAAAAACAUUCCUACAAAAAGAGAGGUAUAGCCAUGAUGGCCAUCCGGUUUCAAAUGGGAUAUCCUGUAUCAUUGCUGAACCAGAGCACCGCUUUGGUACAUGUGUACUUGGAUGGCUCAGUCAGCCUUUCUCAUGGAGGAUGUGAAAUAGGACAAGGAUUAAAUAUGAAGAUCCAGCAGAUUGCUUCUAGAGCCCUCAGUGUACCGUUAAGUAAAAUACAUAUAGCUGAAAAUUCUACUAACACAGUGGCAAACGCUACUGCCACAGUUGGAAGCUGUACAACAGACUUGGUUGGAGCAGCAGUACUGAAUGCAUGCAGUGAGAUAACAAAUAGACUUCAGCCAUUUAAAGAAAAAAAGCCUAAUGCAUCCUGGGAAGAAUUAAUAAUAGACGCCUACCUCAAUAGGAUAAGUUUGUCUGUGAUGGCUCAAGGAAGACCUGGAGAUGGUGGUGUGUACUAUUACACAUACGGCGUGGGCUGUUCAACUGUAGAAAUAGACUGUCUGACUGGCGAACACAAGGUUUUAAGCACUGACAUAGUGAUGGAUGUUGGAAGAAGUCUAAAUCCGGGUAUAGAUGUUGGACAAAUUGAAGGCGCAUUCAUGCAGGGUUAUGGAAUGAUGGCUGUUGAAGAGUGGACGUUGAAUGACAGAGGAGAAGUUGAAAGUAAAAAUCCCUCCCGCUACAGAGUUCCAGACGUUGGAAAUUUACCGCGAGAUUUUAACGUGACUUUGCUCAGUGACAGUCCUAACAAACAGGCGAUCGUCUACUCGUCUAAGGGAAUCGGUGAGCCCCCUUUGCUGUUGGCUACAACGGUCCAUAAAGCACUGCGGGCCGCCAUUCUCUCGGCGAGAAAGGACAGGUCGUUGUCAGCGUUCGUUCAACUGGAUACUCCAGUCACUCCAGCCAAAAUACGCCAGGCCUGUACCAUUGGCUGUAUCUGAGCAGUAGAUACAGUUCUAAUAUGUUUCCAUAGGAUACUGCUGUAAUGAGAUAGAUAGUGCAACAAUGAUAUUCUCGAGCCUAAGAAAUGGAUACAGUAUAAUGCAUGCAUAGAUAAAAAAAACAGUGUAACAAUGGCUGAAUGAUAUUUUUUUGUCACCAGAUGAUGAAAUGUACUUGGGUCUGUCUAUAUGAUUGAAUAUUCGUAUAUAUUAUUUUGAAAAGAGUUGUGCUAUUGUUAAUAAAUUAAUUAAUGUAUUUUAUAAAA